AUGUCUCAAGAUUCACUUUACGCUAGAUAUAAACACGGCAAUUCCGUAUCCACUCCACCAACAUCAGCAUGGUCCUUAAGUGGAAUAGGAUCUGUUCCAGCUCCAUACCCGUUGUCAUUCAAAACUGAAGUGGCUGACAAGGUUAGAGAGGAAGAAAAGUACAACAAGACUGGCCUAGUUGGAAGGAAGAAAAUGGCUCCUACUGAGGACAUAUUAACUUCCUAUCGUGAAACUUCAAGUAAUGUUAUUCGGUCUCCUAGUUCUUCCACCAAACAAAUGUCAAUCUUGGCACAAACAACUCCUGUAAGAAAAGCUAAAACACAACCAUUGAAGUUGGAUUCAACCCCUCCGAUUGAUUCAAAGCCAACGCCUCGCCCAUCAAAGUUACCAGGACAAACUUCAUUUUAUGGGUACGAACCAUACUCUGCUGAAGUUCCAUCGUUUCGAUCUGGACAUCUAAUUGGUUCGAGCUUUGAUGGGUUGAAACGUUCGGCUCAAGUUACGAUUUCACAAUUCGACGAUAAUGUUUAUAUCAAGGAGGAUCCAUCAAUUGCAACAACUUUUGAUCCCGAAAAAGACAAAUUAUUGUAUGAUACUGCCGUGGGACUUUAUCGGCAAUUCACCAAUACAGAUAUCUUAGAUUCUAGUUUGUUAAAUGACGAUCUUAAGAAAAACUAUUGA